GAGGCCAGCCGGGUAGCCUGCAGAACACCGACUACCUCACGGUCCCUUCUGCAGGAAUCACGCGCGUGCCAGAUUGGUGCAUGGAUGUGGAGUCGCGGAGGAAGCUGAUGGAUGCUCAACAUGAGCAGAAGACGCCACUGCCGGUGAGUCCGACGUCUCCAUGGACGGUUAUUCCAUCAGAGGCAGCAGCAGCACCACUUCUUUCGCCACCACGAGGCGAAGGGUCAGCACUGGCUGCAACUUCGGCAUCUCCAGCACCGGCGACUGCAGGCUCUGCACCCAGUGCGCCGAGCGCGCCAGCA